AUGAAGCUUCAAGGCGUUCUAUUGAGAUUCCUGGGGUCUUUCUGGCUGGUCUCAACCCUGACAAGAGCCAUUCGAACGGGACGGGAGCAAAUCGCUCUAUCAUCCUCAAACUUUUCUGCUUACAAGACGGAAAACUCCAACCUGAUCUUUUCCUCAUUCGCAGGUCUACUGCAACAAUGGCCCAACUCGUUUGCAUUCAGUGGCCACUCAAUCAUCCCCGGACUGAUCCCGCGCUCGACGCUGCUCUACCAUGCUACAAACAAUAUCAAUGGGCCACCAACGGGAAUCGAAUGGCUGGCCUUCAAUUCCGAGAUGAGCUAUUCAAUCCUUAGUCAUAGAGGUGGAGAGCUAGAUCUCUACAAAUACGCGGCUACCCGCCCCUUACGGGUGCUCUAUGUUGAUGGCCAAAGCGCUUCUCUCGGUACACCUGGCUUCAUGGACUCUCAGUACAUUAUCAUCGACGCUUCAAUUCCUCCGGAUAAUCCAGAUCCCGGACAUGAUCCCACCGGCGAAACUGCUCGUGCUGUUGCGCUGUGUAAGAUGGGUGAGAAAUACGGCUUCGAAGGUGUCGUUAGAAUGGCCACCUCAUUCGAAUUAUUAUGGUGUGACUUCAAAAAUGGCAUUGAACUUCUGAAUAUGACCAACGCUACAGACCCUUAUUACAAGCACCAAUGGGAUUCCGAUGUACCAACAAACUCUCUUGAGCGUGACCAAAGUGCAAUUUCGGAUUCCGCAGAUCCGCCUUUCUUUGCAAGAGCGCGAUGGACCUAUGCCCACUCUGGUGCUCGGGAGUUUUUCGCGCCUGGGGAAGUGCGAGUGAUCUUGGAUCCGAUGGGCUUCAUAUCUUUCUACGAUGGUCUAGAGAGUCUGGAUGCAAAGCGACGGGUAGAAGGGACGAGCGAAGGUCCACGCGCCCGACAUCGGCUCUAUGGGAUUAGUGCCCAUGAUACAAAGAAGGUACAAGCUCGGUUAAUCGAGGUUCUUGAAAGGAAGGAGGCCGAGGACUGGCAGAUCGAUUCCCACCGACCAGACUGGCGCGCUCUAGUCUUGACAAUCAUCCAGAGGUACAGUCAACCGCUAAUCGAGCUACGAUACCUCCUCAAUAGGGAAGACCUGAAUGCCACAGAACAAGCCAUCGAAGUACGUGGGUUGACCUACGAUAUCCUCAUGCCUUCGCUCGACUUCUCACACUGGAGCUCACCCGAGCGAGACUGGAUUUCCGAGGGGAUCCACAGAUGUUUAACCUACUACACCUCCACACCACUGCUUCCUUCGGAUCUCACUCACUCUAUCCGGCUGAUCAUUGGGGCUAUCGAAGGCACUUUGAAACGAGUGUGCACGACGAUCUAUACCUUAUUUUUCCAAACCAUCCAAAUGUUUCUUCCUGUUGAGCCGACGUACAGCUAAUUCAACUCGACACUCGAGAAUCAAGCUCGCUCCAAAAUCCCAGAAUGGCGUGAGCAGAUUGAAGGUCUCCAGAAAUGGCUUGGUUGGUCGACUUGGGAGCGCUGUGAUCCUCUCUGUAAGACUAAUGAAAUCUGUAUGCCGCCUAUGUGGCCUUACAUUAGGGGCAAGGAUUUCACCAAUAUUACCAAUCAGUACCCCAUCUGUCUUAACAUUUCCUCUCCACACUGAAUGUCAUGACUUGAAAGUACAUUAGAAGAUGACCAGAUGGAUAAAAAAUGUCAAACAGCCUCUUAAAGAGGAAAUGAUUCUACCCAAUUCAUUUCAUAAUCAAAAUCACAUGUUUAGAU